GCAGCUGCCCGACCUGCGUACUCGCCCAGAAGCCAUGCGCCUCAUCACCCACAACCUGCUCAUGUGCAAUAAGAAGGGCGUCGAGAACGGCUACCCGCUGGCCAUCGAGGUCGCGGAGGUGGAGGUCGUGGCCUGCGCCUUCCAGGCCGCCUUUGUGCGCAAGAUGCUGACCAAGCUGGACUGGAGCGCCUUCCUCGCUGGCGCCAAGGCGCUCAAGCUUGCGGACGGACUGCCCGAGACGCUGCCGAGCUCCGAGGAGGGCGCGACGAACGAAGAGACGCUGCGCAAGAUCCACCACGCGCUGCUGGAGGUGCACGUGAAGCAGGGCAAGCUCGUGUGCCCGGAGUCCGGCCGCGCGUUCCCCAUCAUCGACGGCAUCCCCAACAUGCUCCUGAAUGAGGACGAGGUCUAA